GGGCGGGGGGCCACCGGAGCCCGCAAACGGUUCCGGCCGCGACGGUGGCAACAAAGGCGGCGGCGGGCGGACGACCCCCCUCCCCGCUCCCGGGGCUCCGGGCGAAGGCAGGCGGAGGGGCCCCGAUCCCCCCUCCCGGGAAGCCGCGGCUCUGGGGCAGCGGCGAGCAGGGACGGCCCGCGGGGCGGGGACGGCCGCGCCUGGCGCCGGGGCUCUGGCCGCCUGACAAAACCAUCCCCCGGAGCCAGGCGGCGGCGCGGCGGCGGCGGCGGCUCCAUCCGGGGCCUUGCGGGCGGGGGAGGGGACGGAAGCCGAGAGGGCGGGCGGCGGGUCGGAGGAGGAGGGAGGGAGGGAGGGAGGGAAGGAGGAAGGGGAGGGGGGCGACUCGCGUUCCGUUCCCCGCCGCCGGUCCCUCCCUUCCCGCCGCCACCGCGGAGCGCGGAGCCCGGCGGCGGCGGCGGCCUCUGAGCGUCCCGCGCCGGAGCCCCGAGAGGCGGGCCCGUCAGAAACAAGUUCAUGCCUCUGAAUAUGACACCCGCUGUCCUUUCUGCCUGUUUGUGCAUGGCCCUGCCCCACCCGCAGGCCAGAUUGUGUAAAAAAAAUGGAUUUGGCCAACCAUGGACUUAUUCUCCUGCAACAGUUAAACGCUCAGCGAGAGUUUGGUUUCCUGUGUGACUGCACCGUUGCCAUCGGCGAUGUGUACUUCAAGGCACACAAGUCAGUUCUCGCGUCAUUCUCCAAUUACUUUAAGAUGUUGUUUGUCCAUCAGACCAGCGAGUGUGUCCGCCUGAAGCCCAGCGACAUCCAGCCCGACAUCUUCAGCUACCUCCUGCACCUGAUGUACACGGGGAAGAUGGCCCCGCAGCUCAUCGACCCCGUGCGCCUGGAGCAGGGCAUCAAGUUCCUGCACGCCUACCCGCUGAUCCAGGAGGCCAGCCUCACCAGCCAGGGCGCCUUCUCCCACCCCGACCAGGUCUUCCCGCUCGCCUCCUCCCUGUACGGCAUCCAGAUCGCCGACCACCAGCUGCGGCACCCAGGCAAGCUGCCCCCCGCCCCCGGCGAGAAACUGGGGCGCGACCCCCGCCCCCCCGCCGCCGCCUCCUCCCGCAUGAGCCAGGAGCCGGCGCCCGAGCCCCCCGCGCCCCUGGCCCAGCUGCCCCCCCACCUGGCUCAGGUCCACCGGACGCACCUGACCCCCUCGGACCCGCUGCAGACCUCGCUGUCCCCGGAGCUGGUGUCCACCCCGGUGCCUGCCCCUGCGCCGCCGCCGCCGCCGCCGCCGCCCCCCGGGGGGGACGAGGCCCACCUGGAGGCGGCGUCCUCGGACGAGCAGCCGGCCUCGGCGGCGCUGAGCAUCACGCACGUGAAGCCCAGCAUCAUGAAGCGCAACGGCAGCUUCCCCAAGUACUACGCGUGCCACCUGUGCGGGCGGCGCUUCACGCUGCGCAGCAGCCUGCGGGAGCACCUGCAGAUCCACACCGGGGUGCCCUUCCCGCCCGGCCCGCCAGGGGGCGCCCGCGCCGCGCUGGGCCUGUGUAGCGGCGGCGGCGGCCCGGGGGGCGCAUGCGCGGGCCCGGAACUGGGCAAGGACGCGCUGGAGGCGGGGCCGGAGGCGGGCAUGGUGAGCGACAGCGAGCUGCAGCACAUCUCCGACUCGCCGCUCAUCGACGGGCAGCCGCACUCGGACACGCCGCCGCCGUCGGACAUCGCGGACAUCGACAACCUGGAGCAGGCCGACCAGGAGCGCGAGGUGAAGCGGCGCAAGUACGAGUGCACCAUCUGCGGCCGCAAGUUCAUCCAGAAGAGCCACUGGCGCGAGCACAUGUACAUCCACACGGGCAAGCCAUUCAAGUGCAGCACGUGCGACAAGAGCUUCUGCCGGGCCAACCAGGCGGCCCGCCACGUGUGCCUCAACCAGAGCAUCGACACCUACACCAUGGUGGACAAACAGACGCUGGAGCUCUGCACCUUCGAGGAGGGCAGCCAGAUGGACAACGUGCUGGCGCCGGCCAGCAAGCCCUACAAGUGCAACCUGUGCGACAAGACCUUCUCCACGCCGCACGAGGUGGUGAAGCACGCCUGCCAGAGCCAGGCGGCGGACGUGUUCGCCCUGGACGAGGGCCGCGCCAUGCUGCUGGGCAGCGGGGACUCGGAGGUGACCGAGCCCCACGACCACCCCAUGCUGGCCUCCAUCAAAAAGGAGCAGGAGACGGUGUUGUUGGACUGACUGGCACUGCCCACCGGGCUUUAAUAUUUAAAAGGAAAAAAAAAACUUGUCUUUUUUUUUUUUUUUUUUUUUUUUUUUUUUAUACAAAGACUCCAGUCCACACACACAAAGGGCCUUCCUCCUCUUUCCCCGACCUUUUCCUCCAUUCAGAACUCCAGUUCUUCUCGGCAUGACACAGCAGGCCCUCUCCUUGCUCUCUCUCUCUCUCUCUUCCUCUCUCUCACUCUUUCUCUCUCUUCGCCCUCACCCCAACCCCGCCCCAAAGGCGUUUAUAAACCUGGAACAUACUUACUUGCAUUCAGGAGAUAUCGAAAGAAUGGACUGAUGGGUCCGGCGUAGGUGUCAACUCAGAAUCAAUUCUUGAGCCAUAUCAGGUGAUUUUUCAAAAAGCUUCCUUUGGAAUGAAUGAAGGGUCUGUCACCAAACCACACCACUAGAAUGCAAUUUGGCAAGCUAGAAUUGUGACUUUUUCCCUGAGUAACGAGUCUUCCUUCUCAGAAGAAGAAAAUGAAUAAUAAUAACCAGUAGUGUCUGCAAGAUACGAGUAGGCUUUGAGAUACAGCCGGGCUCUGUACUAUGCAAAAUCUAGAAGGGGGUUGGGGGAAUUGGCAACCCAUAAGAACAGUUUUAGUAUUUAUCUUCCAGGUGUCUUGUUUCAGAAUACAUCCUUUGAGAUUAUGUCCAGUCGAGAGAAAUCAUUCCUUAAAAAGUCUGCUUGAGCAAAAAAUUAAACAAGUAAAUAAAACACAAAAGAGAGAAAGAGUAAUAAUGUGAUGGCAAUCUUAAUUUUGGGGGUAAAACAUGACAAGCUGUGAGUUUUGUGUGUCCCGCAGAGAAAAAUGCGUGAAGACUUGUGAUUGAUCAAACAGGUGAACAAAUUGCACAUGCCUUAGCUAACCUCUGGCUCCUCUCAGAGUCAAACAACAACAUAAUAGACUGUAUUUUAGUUUGUGACAAACUUGUGGUUUGUUUCGAAGGUCAGAUUUGAAAGCGUGUUCUAGAGAUUGUCCUUCUGAGUGCAAAUGACUUGCCAUUCUAGCAGCUGCCAAUGGUAACUCUGUCUUGCCACCAGCCACUAUUUUUUUAAGUCAGCUGAACAGAAAGCGAGGGAGGGGCAUGGAGCUUACAGGAGAGUUGCAAGCAGAAAUCACUUUAUUGACAGCAUUAACUAAAGCCUCAAAAACGGCAAAGAGAAAUCAGGACCAAAAAAUAAUAAUAAAAACCUAGUAGGUGUUUAGGGGGGAAUUUUUUUUUUUAAGCUUCAUGUUUAGCCUCCGUUCUCUUUAGUACCUAAAAUUCCCUCCAUUUGGCCUGAAAGUUGUAAAACUGUGUCCAUUAAUCUUCCUGGAGGCCAAUGACAGAAUGACCUCCCGAGACAAAACAGGAACCAGAAAGAAGGACCGAAGGGAAGAGGGAAGGAUGGUGAAUGGAUAGCUGUGCUGUACAUGUUACAAAUGAAAAUCCCGUCGUCCUAUUUCAUGUAUAGUUGAGUUCUCAGAUUUGUAAGUUUUUAUACAUACUUUCAUUGAAUAAACAUUUAAUUAAAUGGG